AUGUUACGGAAUAUUCGAAAUUUAUUGCAGCUAAACAUCUCAAUAAAAAAAUCCAACUCUAGAGCUCUAAAUUUGGUGCCAAUUGUAGUCGAACAAACUGGAAGAGGUGAACGAUCUUAUGAUAUUUAUUCUCGAUUGCUGAAAGAAAGAAUCAUAUGUUUAAUGGGUCCAAUAACAGAUGACGUUUCAUCCUUAGUUGUUGCCCAAUUACUUUUUCUUCAAUCAGAGAGCAGUAAAAAACCAAUUCACUUAUAUAUAAAUUCUCCAGGAGGUGUUGUCACAGCUGGUCUUGGCAUUUACGAUACAAUGCAAUAUGUACUUCCGCCAGUCGCGACAUGGUGUGUCGGGCAGGCUUGUUCAAUGGCAAGUCUGCUUCUUACAGCUGGUGCGCCAGGUAUGCGACAUGCAUUGCCAAAUGCUAGAAUAAUGAUUCAUCAACCAUCUGGUGGUGUUCAUGGUCAAGCAACUGAUAUUAGAAUACAAGCUGAUGAAAUUCUUAAACUCAAAAAUCAAAUAAACAUUUUGUACGCCAAACAUACUGGAAAUGAAGUUAAAACAAUAGAAUGUAAUAUGGAAAGGGAUAAGUUUAUGAGCCCAAUGGAAGCCAAAAAAUUUGGAAUAAUUGAUAAAGUCUUGGAGCAUCCUUUACAAGAACCUGAGCAGACAAGUUCGGACAAAUCAGCGAGUAAUAAAAUAUAAGUGCAAAGCACGAAACGACUGUCGACUAUAUUCAAGGACAUUAAGUUAA